AUGGCACCCAAAUAUAAGCUCAUUUACUUCGAUGGUACUGCUCUCGGUGAACCAAUUAGGUUCCUCCUGAGCUAUGGUCAAAUAGAUUUCGAAGACAAACGUAUUGAUUUUGACGGCCCUGAGUGGCCUGCUAUUAAACCGACCACUCCUUUCGGCCAAGUACCACUUUUGGAACAUGAUGGAAAAGUGGCUCAUCAGUCAGCUGCCAUCAGCCGUUAUCUCGCUAAGCAAGUAAAACUGGUAGGAAGCAACGAUUGGGAAGACUUGGAAAUCGAUGCUGCUGUUGAUACUAUAAAUGACUUACGCGCAAAGAUCGCUGCUUACCACUAUGAAAAAGACCCUGCAGUUAAAGAGACCAGGAAACAACCUUUGUUUAAGGAAAUUCUUCCAUUCUACCUUGAAAAGUUAGAAGCCCAAGUAGAGAAAAAUAAUGGUUAUUUGGCUACUGGAAAAUUGACUUGGGCUGAUCUGUUCUUCGUCGCUCUCUUGAAAUACUUCCAGGUUAUGCUCGGAAAGGAUUUAGUGGAAAACUCACCAAAUUUGAACAAACUCAAAGAGAAAGUACUCGCAUUGCCCAAUAUCAAAGCCUGGGUAGACAAACGUCCUGAAACUACAUUCUAA